UUUCAGGAGAUUCCACAUCGGAGAUGGGUGUUUGGAAUUUGCAAAUAUUCGAUGAAGUAAGACGAAUGAAUCUGAGGCAGCUGUUGUAUCAGGGCCUGAAUUUCGCAAUGAUUGUUUCUUCAGCCUUGAUGAUUUGGAAGGGUUUGAUGGUUAUUACUGGUUCCGAAAGUCCCAUUGUAGUCGUGUUGUCGGGUUCUAUGGAACCUGCAUUCUAUAGAGGUGAUUUGUUGCUGCUAACGAAUGAUGAUUCGGACCCGAUCAGAGCUGGCGAUAUUACGGUAUUUAAAGUUGAGGGGCGUGAUAUUCCAAUUGUACAUCGAGUUAUCAAGGUGCAUGAGAAAAGCAAUGAAGAAACAAAAUUUUUGACAAAAGGAGAUAAUAAUCAGGUCGAUGACCGAGGUUUAUAUGCUUCGGGACAAUUCUGGUUAACACGAAAAGAUGUUGUUGGUCGAGCAAAGGGAUUUGUACCUUAUGUUGGAAUGGUUACAAUCCUGAUGAAUGAUUAUCCUAAAUUGAAAUACGCAGUUUUGAUCGCUCUAGCUGUUCUUUCUGCCCUCCUCAAUCUAUCAUGUCGAAGUUUCCUCCAAUGCCAAGGAUUAUGGAAAUAAAUAGAAGUCGGAAGCUGGGAUUUCGAACAGCUUAAUUCAAGACAAUCGGAGCUAAGACUGUUCUAUAAAAACAUUUCUGAAGCAUAAUUUGUGAGGUUUGAAAGUGAAAAUCUUUGCUUCGAUGCAUUUCGUCUAUUAUAUCAUCUCUUUUCAUAUUCUAUUUAUUGGAGGAGGAUAAAAACUUAACAUUGGAAAAACCUCUAUUCGAGUCUUGUACCUUGUCUGCGUCUCUUCACCCGAAGUUGUGUACAAUGCAG